UUUCGCGCAGCAAAUAGGUUUUAGGUAGUACUAUAUGUAAUUCAGACACAACAAGUGCUAGUACCAAGGUUAUCGCUGUUGCAGAUUUGUGUAUCUCUUCCAGUAUAUAAGCAUUUAUUGCUAUAUCUCCUCUGCAACCAAUUGGAACCACUCAGUAUGAGAUUCCUAAAGAAAAAAGGCACGACCAUCCCCACUAAAAAAUCCAAGCAAAAACUUCAUUAUAUCUGGAUCCUGCUCCCCCUUUUCGUUGCCGGAGCAAUUUACACACUAAGUUAUAUCGCCUUCCACAACGUUCCUGAAAUAGUUAUCCACAAUUUAGGUUCAAAUUCAGAGAAGUUCGUUGGCAGAUAUGCACGAGAAAAUUUGAAGAACCUCAGCAGCCUGGGACCCAGGCUUGUAGGCAGCGAAGCAAACGAAAUACGAACCAUCAAAUUUUUAACGAACGCCGUUGAGGAAAUCAAAAGUAAUGCACUCAGCAAAUAUAAAAUUGAAUAUCAAGUGCAAACAGCCAGUGGAUCCUACAUAAUAGAGGACAUGGUAGAUAUAUAUCAGGAUAUUAAAAACUUCGUAGUGAGGUUUUCAUCGCCUUGCUGCAAUAGCUCCAGCGCUUUGCUGCUGAAUAGCCAUUUUGAUACUGUCCCAGAAAGUUCGGGUGCCGGUGAUGAUGGGACCAUGGUCGUUGUAAUGCUGGAAGUCCUGAGAGUACUAUCAAACACUACCAGAUCUCUAAAGCAUCCCAUUAUAUUCCUAUUUAACGGUGCCGAAGAAAAUAGUCUUCAAGGUUCGCAUGCUUUUAUUACACAACACGAAUGGGCAAAAGAUGUAAAAGCUUUCAUAAAUCUCGACGUGGCAGGACUUGGCGGUAGAGAGAUGUUAUUCCAAUCUGGACCAGGACAUCCGUGGCUCAUGAAGUACUAUCACAAAAGUGCAAUCCAUCCAUAUGCUUCUUCCAUUGCUGAAGAGAUCUUUCAAAAUAAACUCAUACCCUCAGACACAGACUUCAGAAUAUUUCGUGAUUACGGAAAAAUUCCAGGUUUAGAUAUGGCCCACAGCUACAAUGGUUAUGUAUACCAUACAAAAUAUGACAGAAUUUCAACUAUUUCGAAUUACGGAUUCAUACAAAAUGCAGGAGAUAAUGUUCUACCGCUCGUUAGAUCUAUUGCAUCAUCUGAAGAGUUGGAAAACCCCGACGAACAUUCAGAAGGACAUACCGUUUUCUUCGAUUUUCUUGGACUAUUCCUAAUAUUCUACACCGAACAUAUUGGAAUCGCCAUCAACAUUUCUAUUGCAGUAAUCUCAAUAACCGCCAUGACUAUAUCAAUCUGGGCAAUGAGCAAAACAAUGGAUGAAUCUAUUUUAUUCAUAUUGAAAAAUUUCGGGAUCAUACUUUCAAUAGAAAUAGCCACACUUAUAUUAGCUGCCGCCAUUCCAAUUGUCCUCGCACUUAUCAUAGAUGCAACCUACUCCCCGUUGUUCUGGUUCAGUCAACCUUGGCUAAUAUUUGGAAUAUACUUUUGCCCGUUUUGCUUCAUUAUGGCGAUGAUUCCUGCGAUUUAUUUGAAGCGGAGUUCUAAAACCUUCCCAUUGCGGUUUGGAAUUCAACUUUUUCUGCAUGCCUACUGCGUUAUCCUCAUAAUUCUAGUGAUCGUUAUGACUGGUCUUUCGAUUCGUUCUACAUUUGCCGUUACGAUUAAUAUUGCCUUCUACACGCUGUCUGUAAUCGUGAACUGGGCAGUAGGCCUUCAGAGCCGGCCCUUUAUAUGGGUGAUCCCAGUUCUAGUGUCUCAAAUAAUACCAGUGGCUUUCUAUUCAUACCUUUCACAAAUCAUCUUCACAACAUUCAUACCAAUAACUGGUCGAAGCGGUUGCACCAGUCUUUCAGACUUAAUGAUUGCCGCAUUUACUGUGAUUGUUGCAGUUUUGACAACUGGAUUUUUGACACCGUUAUUCAGUAUUUUGCGGAGGCCGAAAAUAGUUAUCUCAGGAUUUAUGGUAGUUUUCGUAAUAUUUGCUAUAACUAUGGCAACACCAGUUGGACUUCCAUUUACUGCAUACACAGCUGCCGAAAGGCAUUGGGUUUUUCACACAAAAAGAGCAUUCCAUGAAAUUCACGCGGGUAACGAUACUUCCGGAUUGGAUCCUACGAUUCGGACGGAGCUUAAAAAUGAUUCGGGUUAUAUUCUUCUUCCUUUGGACAGAUAUUCAACAAUUUCGAUAGAAGAAAUACUUUCCAGGAGUAAAUAUUCACGUACUUCAGGAGACUGCAAAGAAAUGCUUGUCUGCGGUGUUCCUGUCUAUUCGCCGGAAUUCAAACCUAUGUCCAACUACAGUUACUGGGUACCAGCAGAGCCUCCCAUUAUACCCGAAGAUUAUAACGCGGCAAUUGAACUUGAAAGCAGGGUCGCCCUAAAUGAAAGAACCACUAGGUUCACAUUCGUUAUAUCCGGUCCAGCACACAUGCAAGUUUUUUUCAACCCACUUAAUCAAUGCCAACUAGUUAAUUGGUCGCUCCAUGAAGAAUUCCCGAAAAAGGACUACUUCAAAGAAAGCACCUAUUUCAUACAUUACCGACACGGAUUGAGUUCGAAUAGUUUUGAGUUCUAUUUGGACUUUGAGGCACCUGCAGGCUAUGAAGGGCCCAUUUUCGACAUUGCACUGAUAGCUCACCAUAACAAUUAUCCAAUUGAGCAUACGGCAGAGUUUGACGAAUUUCUUAGCAUUUUCCCCGAAUGGGCCGUACUGACCCCUAUUGUAAGCUCAUAUGAAAGUUAUAGAAUCUACUGAAAUAAAAUUAUUUUAUUAUAACGUGAA